AUGUCAAGCCGAUUGAAGGAAGCUUUUUUUGCUGAUCUUAACAAAAUGUUGAAAGCCAACAUCACGCCAGAUCUAUUACCUUCAGUAUAUUGGUUUGAUGGUUCUUUUGUAAGGAGGAAGGGUUUCAAAGGCUUUCAUGGUAUAGUUAAAUUGAUGGCUCAAAGAGGAAUAAAAGCCCUGGAUGUUGUGACUGUUGUGACUUACAGCUCUUUAAUCUAUGGUCUGUGCAAUUCAGGCCGAUGGGAAGAAGCUUCUGUGCAGCUCAAUGAAAUGUUGGAAGCGAACAUCGCGCCAAAUUUAAUUACCUUCAACAUAUUGGUUGAUGGUCUUUGUAAGGAAGGAAGGGUUGCAAAGGCUCUUGGUAUAGUCAAAUGUAUGAUUCAAAGAGGAAUAAAGCCUGAUGUUGUUACUUACAACUCUUUGAUCUAUGGUCUGUGCAAUUCAGGCCGAUUGGAAGAAGCUUCUGUGCAGCUGAAUGAAAUGUUGGAAGCAAACAUCGCACCAAAUUUAUUUACCUUCAACAUAUUGGUUGAUGGACUUUGUAAGGAAGGAAGGGUUGCAAAGGCUCAUGCUACAGUCAAAUGGAUGAUUCAAAGAGGAAUAAAGCCUGAUGUUGUGACUUACAACUCUUUGAUGAAUGGAUAUUGUCUACUCAACAAAAUGGAUCAAGCUAGGAUGAGAAUGGAUAUGUCUACUCCAUAA